AUGUCUCUCCAGUUUUCUCCACAGGCACCCUGGAGGAACAACAACAUCAGUUUUCUGAGCAGAGAGGCAGCUGUAACAGAGCAAGGAGAGACUAUCAUAGGUUUCUACCUACUGACUUUAGGUUGGCUGUCUUGGUUUGGAAACAGCAUUGUGAUUUUUGUCCUGUAUAAACAAAGACAUCUGCUACAGCCCACUGACUAUCUCACAUUUAACUUGGCAGUAUCAGAUGCUAGCAUCUCUGUGUUUGGUUAUUCACGUGGGAUCAUUGAAAUCUUCAAUGUCUUCAGAGAUGAUGGAUUCAUUAUCACAUCGAUAUGGACUUGCCAGAUUGAUGGCUUCCUGACGCUUCUCUUUGGUCUGGCUAGCAUUAAUACCCUUACAGUAAUUAGUGUGACUCGCUACAUCAAGGGCUGCCAUCCUGAGAGAGGUCACUGCAUCAGCAACAGCAGUAUGAUGGUGUCUCUGGUUCUCAUUUGGAUAGCAGCUUUCUUCUGGUCAGCGGCUCCUUUACUCGGCUGGGGCAGUUAUACAGAUCGUAUGUAUGGCACAUGUGAGAUAGACUGGGCAAAAGCCAACUUCUCUACAAUCUACAAGUCCUACAUUGUCUCCAUUUUUAUCUGCUGCUUUUUCCUACCUGUCUCUGUCAUGGUCUUCUCCUAUGUGUCUAUUAUCAAUACUGUCAAGCUAAGCCAUGCAUUAACAGGACUGGGUGAUCCCACAGACAGACAGAGGAGAAUAGAGCAGGAUGUCACCAGGGUUUCUAUCGUCAUUUGCACAGCCUUCAUUAUUGCAUGGUCUCCAUAUGCUGUCAUCUCUAUAUGGUCUGCCUAUGGUCAUCCUGUGCCUAAUCUUACCAGCAUCCUUGCCAGUUUAUUUGCUAAGUCUGCCAGCUUUUACAAUCCCAUUAUCUACUUUGGAAUGAGCUCCAAAUUUCGAAGGGACAUUUUCAUUUUGUUCCAUUGUGCCAAGGAAAUCAAGGACCCUGUGAAGCUCAAACGUUUCAAGAAGCUCAAGCAAAAACAACAGGAGCCCUCUCAGAAAGAAGAAAAGUAUGCAGGAGAAGUAUAUCCCUCACCAAGCCCUGAUUCUGGAGUAGGAAGUCCAACCAACAGUCCACUUCCAGCAAACCGGGAAGAGUAUUUUGGUAUUCUUGAUACACCAUCUAAUAACCCUGAUAUUGAAUGUGAUAGACUGUAA